UGAGGGGUUUUAACAUAAAGAAAAGACUUUUUCGAUUUCACAUUGGCUAGGCUGUAAGAGUCGGCGGCGGCACCGAGAGAGAGAAACCUCAAAACCCUCAAAACACAUCUGAAUCCCCCAAUUCCCACAAGAUCCGAUCUUUGUAGACAAAAGAAUGGGAAUCAUAUCAUCCACAGAUCCAAAGACGGAGACUUCAGAGCCCAAAUCUCAAACCAACGAAGCUCCGUCAGAGAAACUGACUCCAUCGGAGGAACAAGGGAAAGAUCAGUCAUCCCCGUCGGAGAAACUUGGAGACUCAUCAACUGUCUGGAAAGAUCCAGAAGAAGGAGCUGGAGGAGAUGCAGAGGGUGAUGAAGAAGAGGAAGGAGAGUGUGGGUUUUGCUUGUUUAUGAAAGGAGGAGGCUGCAAAGACUCGUUUGUUGCUUGGGAAGAGUGUGUGGAGUCAGCUGAGAAGAACAAGGAAGAUAUUGUUACCAAGUGUAUGGAAGUCACCUCGUUGCUUAAGAAGUGUAUGGAUGAACAUUCUGAUUACUAUCAGCCGAUUCUUGCUGCUGAGAAAGCUGCUGAAGCAGAGGUGAAGAAAGAGCUCGAAGCUGAGAAGAAGAAGGAAGAAGUAGAGAAGAUCUCGGAAGAGGAGGUGGCUGCGAUGAAGCAAGCUCAAGGGUGAUUUGAGUGAGGAUUUAGGGCAAUCGUUAUCUCUAAAUUGUAUCAUUCACAAACAUAUUUCAACCUAAAUCCAUAACAUCCGAUCUCUCUCACGGCCGGCAUGGGGAUAACGUCAUCCAGGGAUCUGAAUCAAGAGAAUUCCGAUCCCAAAUCUCAAAAAAUUCCAGUCCAGUCAGAGAAAGUAGGAGAUUCGUCAAGUACUCUUUGGAAAGAUCAAUUACAAGUGUUCAUGAAGGGAGGUGCGUGGAUGCAAGGAAACAUAUUGGACUUUUCAAGAUUGCGUGGACAACGCUGAGAAGACGAAUAAGGAACCUAUCUCUACGUGUUAUCCGAUGUUGCAGAAGUGCAUGGAGGCUUACUCUGAUUACUAUCACCCCUUUCUCGAUGCGAUGGAAAGUGCUGGAAAACUGAUGAUGAAGGAUUUCUCGCCGUCAACUGUUUCGCGAGAUUCAGUGGAAUCCCCAAAUCAGUUGAAGGCAAAAGAGGAAGAGGAAGAAAAGUUGGUUUUUGGGGUUUAUGAGAGAAGGUGGUUGCAAGGAACCAUUUAGAGCUUGGGAAGAUUGCUUUGAUGAAGCUGACAAGAACAAGGAAGAUGUCGUCCUUAAGUGUGUGGGAGUUUUUACGAAGAUGACCAAGUGUAUGGAUGCUCACUCUGAUUACUAUCAUCCUUUACUCGCGUCCAAGAAAGCUGCAGAAGAACACAUGGAGAAUGAGCUCAAGCCUUUCUCUCGGAAACAAGUUGAGGGGGUGUUUGGGUGGAUUUACGCAUUUGUUAUGG